AUGGGGCGCAGUGGCUUGUCCCCAGGGGCUGGGGAGGACACACGAGAGACGACUCGUGUCACACUGUCCCUGGACGUGUCCACACUGUUGGAACUCCUGACCUUCUCUGAGGGGGACGGUGGCCGCUCCUCCCUUCAAAUGUGGACCAGAGCGUCGAGGGGUCCCGGGAGCUGGCUUCCGGCUAAGUCCCGGGGCGGGGACCCCGUGACCGACCCUCUCCGCCGACGGGGCCCCAAGGGUCUGCGAGCGGCGGCGGCGGCGGCGCUGGGACGGGAGGAGCCUCCGCCCGGGAAAGCACACACCGCGCGGCGCCCGCCCCCCGGCCCUGCCCCCACUCACCUGCAGACCCGGGCCGCAACCGCCGCCGCCGCCGGAAGCCCACCACAGGAGCCCCUUCUGGACAUGUUGUCCCUCAGCCUGCAGGCCUCCACCUGGAGGCAGGACUGGAUGCAGCAGAACCACUCACCCGGAUCCUGGAGGCCUCAGCUGUAUAAAGCCACCCUGAGUCCAGCCCACCGCCACCCGCUGGUGACCACGAAGGCUGUCCUCACCCUGCUGGCCAUUGGUUUGGCCCUGCGGCCAGGCACCGCCCUGCAGUGCUUCUCCUGCAAGGCCCAGGUGAGCAACCACGAUUGCCAGCAUGUGCAGAACUGCACCAGCUCCGAGACCUACUGCUGGACCGAGCGUAACCGUGCUGUUGGCAUCGAGACAGUCAUUAGCAAGGGCUGUCGCUCACACUGUGUGGAGGACUCGCAGAACUACUACAUGGACAAGAAGAACAUCACGUGUUGCUCCACUGACCUGUGCAACACCAACAGGGCCCACGCCUUGCAGCCAGCUGCUGUCACACUCACACUGCUCAUCACUCCUGGUGGCCUGCUGCUCUGGGGCCCCAGCAGGCUGUAG